AUGCGUUACGCACUCGCAGCUCCAGCCCUGCUGGCCGUGACAGUCAUCGCCGCACCUGUCUCCAAACCCGACGAGGAAGCCAACAACCUGGGUAUCGACAACAUCGAUCUCCCCCAGCUGGCAGUCAAGAACAUUCCCAAGCGCGAUGAGGAUGUCAAUAUUGACAGCAUCAACCCUGGUGUUGGCAUUCCUACCCUCACCGUUCCCACUUUGAAAUCCAAGCGUGGUGAUGGUGAUGAUGGCUUGCUCGACGGGCUUGAUCUUGGUGUCGACGUUCUCAAGCGUGAAAUUGAUGCCGAGGACGAGCAGCAACAGGAAAGUAACGACGGUGUGCUCGGUCUCGGUUUCCUUGGUUUUACCAAGCGCGAGGACACCCUGCUCGGUAGCGAAAACCUCACUGUCGAUACCUUUACGGAGAUUGAUGACACACUUGAUGGCAUCCUUGAAAAACGGGAUGGAAGCCUGACCAGCGGUGAUGGUGGCGACGGUGACGCCGACAGCGAGCUCAUCGAGGAUGCCGUGGACUCGGCUGAGGGCGUGCUUGGAAAGCGUGAAGAAACCAUGACCACCGGUGGUCACGAUGGCGGCGACGACGAUCUCGCUGAGAUUGUGGACACUGUUGAGGAUCUCCUCGAAAAGCGGGAUGACAGCAUCCUCACCGACGGCGAUGAGAAUGGCAGCAACUAUAAAAACAACGGUAACGAUGGCAUUCUUGGCACGGGUAUCCUUCGCAAGCGGGGCGAUGGCGAUGAUGAUGAUGAUGAAGAUGAUGAUGAAGAUGAUGAUGAAGAUGAUGAUGAAGAUGAUGAUGAUGAGGGCUUACUUGGCCUGGGCAUCGGUCCUCUUCGCAAGCGAGGCGAUGGCGAUGAAGAUGAUGAUGAGGGCUUACUUGGCCUGGGCAUCGGUCCUCUUCGCAAGCGAGGCGAUGGCGAUGAUGAUGAUGAUGAUGAUGAGGGCCUUCUUGGCCUAGGCCUCUUCGAUAUUCUCAAGCGGGAGCAAGACACCAGUAUUGGAGGGAUUGGUGGUGUUGAUGCUGGCACUCCUGUCUUGGACAUUGUCAACGCCUAA